AUGAAUAUAUUUCGUUUACUCGGUGACUUGUCCCAUUUGUUAGCUAUUAUUAUUUUACUCCUGAAAAUAUGGAACACAAGAAGUUGUGCCGGCAUAAGUGGCAAAUCACAAAUACUUUUUGCCAUUGUUUACACCACAAGAUAUCUUGAUUUAGUGACUACAUAUAUAUCAGCGUACAACACGUUUAUGAAAGUAAUUUUUAUUGGUGCAUCAUAUGCUACGAUCUUCCUUAUGUAUGCGAAAUUCAAGGCAACUUAUGACCAUAACCAUGAUUCGUUCAGAAUUGAAUUUUUGAUUCUACCAACGAUAAUUCUUGCUGUAUUCAUAAACCAUGAAUUUACAAUUCUAGAAAUUCUCUGGACAUUCAGUAUUUACUUGGAAUCUGUAGCUAUUUUGCCACAGCUGUUUUUAGUAUCGAAAACUGGAGAAGCAGAAAGUAUUACCAGUCAUUAUCUAUUUGCAUUGGGUUCAUACCGUGGUCUUUACAUAUUCAAUUGGGUUUAUCGUUAUUAUGCUGAAAGCCAUUAUGAUCUCAUUGCAAUCAUUGCUGGAGUCGUUCAAACUGUCUUGUACUGUGACUUUUUCUAUCUUUAUAUUACCAAAGUACUCAAAGGAAAAAAAUUACAGUUACCUGCUUAG